AUGGAUGGAAACCGACGAUACGCAAAAGAGAACUCUAUUUCCAUCGCAGCAGGUUACUUGGCUGGUGCAAAAACUCUUAUGAAGAUAUUGGAUCUAUGCUUCGACUGCGGAAUCAAUGCUAUAUCCCUCUACGCCUUUAGCCUUGAGAACUUCCACAGACCUAAAGAGCAGAUCGAUAUUCUCAUGAAGCUGCUAGAUGGGACACUUGGAGAGAUUGGCGAGAAUGAUCCAUUGGUGAAGAAACACGGUAUUAAAAUCCGGGUAUUGGGCCGUUUGGAAUUGCUAGAAGAAAGCGCUCUAAGGGCUAUUGCCAAGGCUAUGGAUGCUACGAAGAACAACCAGGGCAAGGUUUUGAAUAUCUGUGUCGCUUAUACUGGCAGGGAUGAGAUUGCCUCUGCUAUCAGGGAGAGUGUUUCUGAAUUUGAUUUCCCUGAUAAGAUUACGGUAAAGUCUCUGACAGAAAACAUGUUUGUGGACUUUCCACCCCUGGACAUUUUGAUACUGCCACCAAGAUACUGA